AUGACAAAGAAGAGCGGUCCCCUGCAGUGGACUCCUGCAGCUGAAAAGCUCCUGCUGGAGUGGAUAGAGCAGAAUAAAGGACCGGAUGGGACACUGCGACAAAAUUUCGAACUCGCCCUUGACGAAAUGGCCGCACAUCUCCACGAUCAGUUCUCCAGUACCCCUCAACUAGGCACUGUUGUCUUGAAACGCAGGAUCAACGACAAAUUGAGACGUAUGUGGAACAAGUACAGAUUGGCCAAGUAUGAGACCACACCGUUCGCGGCCACCACGUUCUUCGACGAGGGUGUUGCAGCUCUGGAUCAUGAAAAACUUGGGCCCGGGUUUGCAGACCUCUUCUCGUCAGAGGAGCCACGAGACCUCGCUCAAAGUGCGGACAAUAAUCCUUGUCCGGCAAUCAACCCGGGCGAAAAGCGAAAGGCUGAGGAUCCAGUGAGCUCAAGCGACCCAAACGACUGCUCGCCAUCGAAACGUGCAAAGUCGACGGAUUCAGUCAGCUCCGCUAGGAGUGUGACGUCAACUUCCUCCAGUGACAGCUUGUUGCAGAUCACGACGCAAGAUGCUGAUGAACCCGAGGCUGAAAUCCCGCUAUAUGCCAGUGCUGUGCUGACUCCUGAGGUCCAACCAAAUACCGUCCAUGGUACUGCAUCUCAGGCACAGAUUCAGCCAGCAAGAGACAUUCCCCUUGCGGAGCCUCAAGCAUACCUGGAAACUGAAGACGCUACUUCUCCGCGUCCAGCAGAUGCGGCAGUCAAUCGAUCACCUCUACCACAGAAUCCACCUGGUCAUAAGAUUCUUGAGGCACUGGAGUUCUGGGAAGACCAUCAGCCCAGGAUGGCUGAGCUCCUGGUAUCGGCCGGUGGAGCUGCUGGGCCGUAUCUCGGCAGCUUGGGGAUGACUGAGCAAACGGUCCUCCUGGACCCCAGGAUUAUCUAUCCAGUGCAACUCAAACGGCUGCUCGAGACCGUCGUCCCGACGCGUUAUCGUCGUGACUUUGAGGCACUACAAAGAAGGACCAAUACGGUUGACUGGGUCUCAUUUAGUAGUUCACUGAUCGGUGCAGCAGUCACAUCAUGGUGUCUGAAUAGAUCACCAUGUUGGCAGGAUUUCUUCUCUGACUCGUUGAAGCACAUGUUUGAAGAGGUCCACGAAAAAUGUCUUGCGCCAGUUGUGGCGGCCAAUUUAAAAGAGAGGUUUUGGGCGAAAUACGUGGACAGACACUUCCUGCCCCAAAAUCAAACAAACGCUGAAAACAUGGCUACCCAGAUGGCUCAAUAUCUCGACAUACUUCUACCCAAGUCGGAGAAGCACUUUCUACCGCGAUAUGUUACUGGUGUGUGGUGGUGUCAACCGACGGACCCUCUCACAGCCACUGAUGGGGCAACCGUAUCCGAUUUCUUUCAAGAGCCUGUCGAGCGUGGGAGGCUCCGAGAAAACCUGACCGAGCUUUUCAAAUUUGCCCUCGAUUGGCGAAUGGGAGAGUGCAAGAGUAUCAACUCCUACUUUGAUUUCCGGUUCCCAUCUUUUGGAGACGCCUAUUCGUUGGAGAGGAAAAUACACUCCUGUGCAGGGGGGAAGGUCGAGGGCUAUGUCUGUCUAGGUUUGACUCCAAUCGUCAAGAGGCAGGUACGAUUAAAGGUGCUAGGAGAAGUAACACCCUGGUCGGUGGUAUGGCCUGCAGAAGUGAUCACGGUUGGACCAGAGGUCUGGCAACCACCGACACGUUGA